AUGAAGACCUCAAUCCUCGCCAUUCUGGCUGCCGCCGCCGGCCUUGCCAUUGCUGACAGCCUCGACGUCCCCGACUGUGCCAAGAGCUGCGUCAACGAUGACAUCCAGAAGAGUGGCUGCGCGCAGGACAAGAUUAAGGACUGCUAUUGCCAAAAGGCAAAUGUCAACUCAUUGAUCAACUGCGUCUCCGGGGCUUGCAAGGACCAAAAUGACCUGGUCAAGGCAGCUCAGGCGGCCCAAAAAGCAUGCCCCCAGCUCAACGGUGGUUUCUUUCCCGGUCAAGGAAACAACGGCAACUAG